AUGACAACUGAUCAGAGCAAGAGCAAAAUGAGUUUCACAGUAAACGCACUGGGUGGUGGUGAAGCAUGCGGUGCCCGAUGGACCUUGGGGGCUUUGCUGUUGGCACCUCUAGCAGCUGCCAACUCCAGCUACUGCGCAGUGCUAGCCAUCAUCCUUCUUACUGUCUUUAUUGUUGUUGCCACUUUUACGUGUAAAGAUCUACGGCAGUUGGCCGAAAUUCUGCCACCUUCAAAAACAAGUAGAGGUCGCAGAGAGAGGAACCUCCGAUCAUUUGCAGACUUUAUGGCAAUGUGGAUGUCUUUUCUCUCCCAUUUGGUAGCCGUAGCAAUAUGCGCAAGGAUACUUAGCGCAACAGCUGACCACGUGACAGGGGGACGUACGAGAAGAUGGUUAUUUGGCUAUGAAACCAGGGCCUUGGGAGAGCCCUGGCCUGAUGUUCUGGGAGUAACUGUUGUAAUGGUCGUCUGUGCCAUGUUUAUGUGUGGAUUAGAAGAGAGCAUGAUGUUUACCUUUAUAUUGCUGAUUCUGCUCUACUUAUUCAGUCAAUUCUUCGCAAUCGUUGGUCUUAUUAAUUUCGAUAUCGCCAACAUUAACAUGCCCAUUCCAAUGACUAUAUAUGAGUUAUUUGCAACAGCAGCUCCGAUUUCAUACACAUUUAACGUAGUUUUACCACCUAAAGAAUCACCUAACAGUUUGAGGAAAAGCAUGUUUAUCUUGAUAGCAUUACCGAUGAUCGCACUCUGCGCUUUAUGCUUUCUAUACGCCAAUAUGUUAAAAGGAAGUAGCAUUGAUGCUGCUUUGCCGGUGACUACUCUCCUUGAAGCGAGAGCUGCCGGAUGGAUCUGCCCAUUUCUUGCCGCAGUUACAGUUGCAGGCGUCUCGCUUGCCCUCACCGAGCUCUGUCCGUUGCUAUUCACUGUCCUUGUCGCUCUAGCAUCUCCGGAAUGGAAGGUUCUUACCAGAUCCAUGACCUACGAGAGCACAACUACCGGUAGCCCAGUUUUAGCAGUAUUUACAGCUGGAAGUUUAGCAGCGAUAUUAGCGUUCGCAUGUCCGUUAUCUCACAUGAUAACACUGAUGAACGCAAGUCAUUUAAUCGGAAUAGCUAUUCAGGCAUUGCACUUUAUUGUGAUGCGUUGUGUUCCCACUGCUGAGCAAAUAGAAGCUGGAGAUGUAGAAUACAAACGCCUAGGAAAAGAAGGAACGUCAAAAGGAGCAAAAACAUCUGGCCAUAAAGCUAACCGUGGGCUCUGGUUUAUCCCUUCAGCAAUUCGACAUACCAAAACCUUGGAAAGCAUCAAAUCGAAAGUUACAGCAAAAGAAACUGAAGAACGCGAAUGUCUGCUUCUCGACGAAUAUGCUGGCUGUUCUAUAGAAGAAAUGGAACAAAUGACAAGCUGCAGUAGUAGUAUGAAAGACGUUGCGGUUGAUGUUGAAGACGCGGCUUCGGAUAUAGAAGCUAGCGACGGCGAACUGUCUUCUGGAGACGACUCUACUGAUAUUGAUGCAGUAGUUAAAGAAUACAGGGAUACAAUACAAGUAGUGACAGCACGGCCAGAAGCGAGUGCACCAAUUCCUCCGUGCGUUCGCGGUGCUAGAUGGUCGGCCGCUGGAGCAGCAACCCAACUUCUAGCUGAUGCCUUAAUUGCUGUUGCCUUCUGCAAGGAAACUUUAAGAGUGCCUUUAUUUGCUACCUGCAUACCACUAUGGAUUUGUGGGGCAUUGAUUUGUGCAUGGCAGCCUUCACACAAACUAGGCACGAGGAAAGGACAGAGUUUGGAAGGUUCAACGACAUUACUACUGGCUUUAUUGUUACUUACACCGUUACUGCUUGAUUCUUGGCCAGCCAUCGUAUUGUUUGCAGGGGCGGGAGUGGUGAUAUACGCCCGUUGCGAACGCUGGUGUGGUGAUUUGGCAGUACAGCAAGCACGUAGCGCGAUAGAGAAAAGGAAACUACGCCCUGUUGCCUCCACCGUGCCUCUUGCCGGAGCCCAACUGACGAACAUUGACGCUGUGUUUAUCACCAGAUGACAGGAGGACGAUUCGGAUACAAGUUUGGAUAAUUUAUUGGACGACGAGGAGCCGGACCCUGACGAAUGACACGAAACAAAAGCAAUCAUCAUUAUUGCCCCUUAACUCAUCGUCUACGCAUCAUCGCAUCAUAUAUUGUGAUAGUUUUUGAAACCUAGCUACACGGGCUACAUUUUUAUGCACCGCGCUGGCUAAUUAUCAUACAAAUUAAGUGAGGCGUAUGAGAUCUUGUAGCUACUUGGACAUAAAACAAUGUCGUUAUAAUCGGCGUAGUGGCUUUGAGUUGAAUUUGAAGUCAUUGCAGAGUCUUGCGCGGGUGGUAAGUAUGCUCAAAAAAAGCCUGCGCGAAAUUUUAUGAUAAUGAAUUGCUAUUUCUGCCGCCAAGCAGUAAUGUGAGCAUUACAGCGUUCCGGCUUUGAAGCCGGAACCGCGCUUUCACGUACAUUAAUGGCGAAACUGAAUUCUAUUUACUAGGCAACAACAUUUAAAUUCCUCGGAAUAAUACACCGCGUAGACCUCGUAGGCCACUUAAGUUAAAGCUAAAUAAAUAGAGCUUAUUUUACCACGGCGGCAGCCGCGCGGCGUGGACGCAAUGAAAUUCGUAUCGAAUAAAUGCGCCCUAAGGGUGCUGGUGAAAUUACAGGCACAUGGGAAUUGUCAAUUGUACGUCUUUACUCCUCGGGAAACAUUGACACCCGACAUACCGUAUGUAAUUGCAUCCACCCGUUAUUCAUUACUACUUGUGCGAACACAUAUAGAUAAGAAAUUGGGGUGGCUAUUUAGUUACAAAGAAAAUUUCAAUUAGAACGAAAAACUUCAAUUUGCUGACCUGCAUAAAACAGGCAUAGCGGUUUAUCAACAAUAUGUAGUCAUGUAGAGGUCAUAAGGUUCAUAACGUGAUAACAUAGUCUACGUUAUUAUUAAAAAUAAGGUAGAUAGUCGUGUGAGCUCGCUAGCUAGUAUCGUGAUUGCCUUAGAGAUAAAAAAAACAUAACUUUUUGUAGACGUAGAGUUCGUUUCAAAACGAGAGAGCAGUAAAGUAAAUCAUCCGUCCUCGUUAAAGUAAUGCUAUCGCAACCUUGGCGUAAUAAGGCCACAUCUGCAGAAAGACGAACUUUUUAGAGGAAAGUUUAAGGAUACUGCGAACGAAAUUAAGUUGAUUACACACGGCACCGUAACUGCAGCGACGCCGCCACCGCUGCGGCGCCACAGUUGUAGUCGCCCUUGCAUUUGUAUACACACUUUCAUACACGCAUCGCAGUUGCAGCCUACUUCAUGCCCCGGCGGCGGUGGUGAAGGCUGCCGCAAUUCUUUUUUCAAAUUCAGUAACAGUAAGCUCCUUGUGAAAAAGUUCGUCCAGAGCAGUACUGCCUUACUUUACCUAUGUUCCUGUGUUCAUUUUAAUCCUUUCAAUAUAUUAAAACGUUCCUUUGGGCUUACGAUUCCUUAUGUAUCUCGUAGGAGGGAUCGAUAUAAUCAUUCCAUUACAUUUCGUGGUCUCAUUGAGCUACACCGCGCCUUAUUAUAAAACUUAUCAAAUUUAUUAUAAGAAAAAUAAUUAAAAAUAAAUAAUUAACAAUCUGCUUGUGACAAACUGCCUUAAAACUUAAAAAGUACGAUAGGUCUUUAACAACCAGAAAUGGGAGAAUCUUGAAAUUAUUAAUUAUUAUUAAAUUAGCAUUCGGCCUAAUAACGAUAUUGUAAUAAGAUAUAAAUGUAGUUAACUGUCAUUCUCAUUUUGCAAUAAAACU